CUUUAUAAGUCAUGGUACACAUCAGUAUAAAAGAUUUUUUUGGAAACGCUUUAAUAAAAAAUCAUUUGGCUGUUCAUGGUGUUGCCAACUUAAGCUGACUAUUAUUUCUUAAUUAUAUCCCCCUAGCCUAUGUCGCAACCCCUUUCGGCAGGCAUUUUGUUUGGAAUGUUUUAUUUGUUUUACUACGUUAAUAUUUCACACGAAUUAAACGAGAAAUUAUGGAGGUUAUUUUUGAAAUAUGCGAUAUUAUAUCGAAAACAACUUUUGGGUUUAUUAACAAGUAAAACUAAAAAAAAUUUUAAUUGUAAUAUUUUGAAGUCAAAAAUCGACUAUACUUCUAUGUUAAGGACCACUCUGUAUAUUUGGUUUGUUUAAAACGUAGACUAGGUUAUAGUAGUCACUUCUAUUCACAAUUCUGCCCGGAUAGUUGGUCAUUAGCCACUUCCAAUCUUCUAAACCUCAAAGUUGUAUCUGUCAAAAUUAUAAAAAUGUCAGGUUUUUAUUUGAACAUAUUUUUAUGAUCAAUUAAUGUAUUUUAUAACACGAAAUAGAAAAUCUUUGGUAAAUUUAUUAGUGAGAACCAUGUCAUUUAAAUAUCCAGAAGCUCUAAGAGACGAGUCUAUCAAAGACAAUUAUUUUGGAAACGAGAUUAUCGAUCCAUAUAGAUGGCUAGAGGAUCCUGAUUCAGAAGAAACGCAAGCCUACGUGAAUGCACAGAAUAAAAUUACCAGGCCGUUUUUGGAAGAUUGUCCACACAAAAGUCAAAUCAAAGAGAAGAUCACUAAUUUGUGGAAUUACCCCAAAUUCUUUGCACCUCAUCGACAUGGGAAAAAAUAUUUUCAGUACCGAAAUACAGGUUUACAAAAUCAAAGUGUCAUCUUUGUUCAGGAUUCUCUUAAAUCGGAGGCAAAAGUAUUCUUAGAUCCUAAUACUCUUUCUGAAGAUGGAACUGUGGCAUUAUUAGGCACUGCAUUUUCGGAGGAUGGAUCAACUUUUGCCUAUGGUAUAAGCACCAGUGGAUGUGAAUGGCUUGAUAUAAAAUUCAGAAAUGUAGAAACUGGUAAAGAUUAUGAUGAAACCCUUAAAAACGUCAAAUAUUCACCAAUGACCUGGAUGCAUGAUAAUAAAGGAUUUUUCUAUGGGGGUUAUUUACACCAAACUGGUAAACUAGAAGGCACUGAAACCAAAUCUAAUGAAAACCAAAAAUUAUAUUAUCAUAAGUUAGGUACUAAUCAAUCUGAUGACAUUAUGGUUGUCGAAUUUGAUGAUCAUCAACUAAGGAUGGGAGCUCACGUAAGCCACUGUGGUAACUAUUUAAUUGUGACUCCAAUAAAGGGCUGUAAAGAUAACUUAUUAUAUUUUGCUAAAUUCACAAAAGAUAGAUCUAUCACAGGAAAAUUGCAACUAACUCCUGUUAUUACAGAACUGGAUGCCGAUUAUGAGUAUAUUACAAAUAUGGAUUCAAAAUUCGUAUUUCGUACUAAUAAGAAUGCUCCCAACUACAGGAUUGUUGUAAUUGAUUUUGAUAAUCCCCAAGCAGAACCUAACUGGGUGAAUUUAAUACCAGAACACUCUAAAGAUGUCCUAGAUUGGGCACAUGUCAUAAACAAAACCAUGCUUGUUGUGUGCUACCUGAGAGAUGUUAAGAAUGCUAUGAGUAUAUACAAUGCAACAACUGGUGAAAAAAUGUAUGAUUUCAAAUUGGAAGUUGGAACCAUAUCCGCCAUUACUGGAGAACGCGAUCAUGAUGAAAUGUUUUAUAGUUUCUGCUCAUUCUUAACACCAAAUGUCAUUUACAAGGUUAAUUUUGAUGGUGAAAAAAUUAAAGAAACGGUCUUUCAUGAAACGAAAGUUGGAGAUUUUGAUGCUUCAAAAUACGAGACUCGGCAAGUUUUUUAUAAGAGUAAAGAUGGAACUGAAAUACCAAUGUUUAUUGUAAAUAAAAAGGGAAUGGUUAAAGAUGGGUCAAAACCAUGCUUACUAUAUGGCUAUGGUGGAUUCAAUGUUAAUUUAACACCUUCAUUUGGGCUUAGUCGAUUGAUUUUUAUAAACAACUUUGAUGGUAUUUUCGCUUUAGCCAACAUUAGGGGCGGAGGGGAAUACGGAGACUCUUGGCACAACGGAGGUAGAUUUGGCAACAAACAAAACUGUUUUGAUGACUUUCAAUGUGCCGCACAAUACUUAGUCAAGGAGCAGUAUACUUCGGUCAACAAACUAACUAUACAGGGCGGUUCAAACGGUGGCCUUUUGGUUGCCGCUUGUAUCAAUCAAGCCCCUCAAUUGUUCGGCGCCGCCAUUUGCCAAGUGGGCGUCUUGGACAUGUUACGUUACCACAAAUUUACCAUUGGUUAUGCCUGGAAAUCAGAUUACGGGUGUUCCGAGGAGGAGGCACAGUUUAAAUACCUCUAUAAAUAUUCACCGUUGCAUAAUAUUCGUAAACCUCAAGACGAAUCUCAACAGUAUCCUGCUACAUUACUAUUGACAGCCGAUCACGAUGACAGAGUUGUGCCAUUGCAUUCACUGAAGUUUAUAGCGGAAUUACAGUACAAAGCUGGCAGCUCGCCAUACCAAAAAAAUCCGCUUCUGAUACGGAUAGAAACCAAAGCAGGACACGGGGCAGGAAAACCGACAUCGAAAAUCAUCGAUGAAAUUGUAGACUACUUCGCGUUCAUAUCUAAAACAUUGAACCUAAAAUUCAUCGAAUGACGAUUAAGAACCAUUUAUUCAAAAAACCUCAAGGAGUACCUCAUUGCUAUUUGUGUAUGUGUGUUGUAAUUAAAAAUUUUAUAUUUCUUCAAAAUUCAGAUGUAUCAAAGUUUUGCCGAAGAAGAAUCAAAUACAUUUUCCUUAAAUUU